GCUCCACGACCCACAAUGAACUCGCCCAUCACCCGUGCGUCGUCAUCAAGCAAGUCGCUGAAGCGACAGACGUCCUCCGUCAUGUCCCCCACCAAACGCGCGCGACUUGUGGGGAACCUCACCAUCUCCGUGUCCGCGAACCUCCUCAACAGAAGCGACGAGUAUCGUGGUCGGUGCAAGUACAAGUCUGGACGGUGCCCAAAUGAACGCACGAUCAAGUUUAGUGGUGAGCCGCACACGCUUUGCGAAGAACACCGCGUCAAGCACAACAAAAACCAACGCAAGUCGGACGCAAAACGACGAGGUGUGGUCAAGGUCAAGCGCGAUGGUACAGUGGUGUACGAGGACGACGACGACGCGUGCCCGGUGUACAUGAAGAAGGAACAGCCAUCGCUUGAGAGGACGACAGUCGUAGUCAAGCCCGAACCUACGAUCAAAACCGAACCUUCACAGGACACGACGAGCAUGUGGACGUUGCAAACCCGAGACAGCGACCCGCUAGACAUUGAAGAGAUCGACAUGUCCGAAACAAGCAGUUGCUGGUCAGAAGACGAAGUUGAGAUCCUCAAGAACAUCUUCGACUUUGACAUGACGCUAUAGUCAUCCCGAGUUCCUGCCACCUAUAUACUGCCCUAUCUAAAGUAAAUAUAUCCUUAUAAUGCACUCAUCUAGGCC